AUGUCAACAAUUACUAUGACUGAAGCUCCCUCGAGCUACAAACUCGAGCUCCACACUGCUUACGGUCCGGUCUUUCGUGAUGUCCUGAACACUGAGCCACGCGAUGCUACCGAAGAGGAAGUCCCGAUCGUCGACCUCGAUGGUCUGUUCACCAGCACUGAGAGCCGAAAGAAGAUUGCCCAAGCUGUGCGAACCGCAGGCACAAACAUGGGGUUCUUCUACAUCAAGAAUCACGGCAUCGACGACCAAGUAAUCGCGAAAGCAAAGUCUCAGUUCCUGAGCUUCGUCCAACAAGACACCAAACUCAAGGAGAAGGUAUCACAAGACAAGUCCAAAUACUACAAUGGUUGGAAAGCCCCUCGUAGCACAAACAUUAGUCGCACCGAGUCCGUCGAUGUCAAGGAAAGUUUCAGCUGGCGCUACCACCCCGAGAACGAUCCCGAUCAUUCCCAACCUCUAUCUUCUUUACCUUCUGAAGUACAACCCUGGAUCCGCGGCGAAGCUUUCGUCUGGGAAGGCACCUCUCACAUCCCAAACUUCAAGACUGAUAUCCUGAAAUAUUGGAAGUCUUGUCUACAGCUUGCAAGACACCUCGUCAAGGUCUUUGCUCUGAGUCUAGACUUGCCGGAAGAUUACUUCGAUUCCAGGACCACAUUUCCUGGCGCCGAUGGAGUGCUAAACUACUACCCUGUCACCACAGCAGAAGAAACGGCAGCAAACUCCGUAGGACUGGGUUCGCAUACUGAUCUGCAACUUUUCACUUUACUCUGGCAAGACGAAGUCGGUGGUCUGCAGGUGUUGACAAAAGACGGCCAAUGGAUCAAAGCAAAACCAAGACCAGGGACAUUCGUCGUCAAUAUCGGAGACUUCAUGAUGAGAUUGUCGAAUGACUUUUUCAAGAGUACGGUGCAUAGGGUGUAUAACCGUGCACCUGUCGAACGAGUAUCCAUGCCUUUCUUCUUCGGUGUCAUCCCAACAUGUACAAGUCCUGAGAACCCGCCCAAGUAUGAGCCGAUCAGCUGUGGCGACUGGUGUCAACUACGCUUCAAACUCGAGGCAGAGCGUAUGGCGAAAAUGUUGGCGGAGCGUGAGACGACCACCAAGUUAUCAGCAAAGUAG